CGUGUGUAUCCACAUCAGGUACACUUUUUAGGAAAAUUAUUAGCGAAGAGAAAAUGGCGAAUUUCCGCCGCGCAAACAGCGAACGCCUUCCAAAGCCCUAUGGUUCACCAAGGGCAGAGGUAGGAGAGAUUGAUACCAGAGCACCGUUUCAAUCUGUCAAAGCUGCUGUUAGUUUAUUUGGGGAAGUAGCUGUUUCUAAGGAGAGGCGCACUCCCAGAAAAUCAAGGCUUUCUGCAGAGAAUGUGAUAGACAGGGAGACACAGCUUCUCCUGGCAGAGAAAGAAUUUAAUUAUAUUAAGCAAAAGCUUGAGAAUGCCGAAACAACAAAGGCUAAAGCAGAUGCCGAUCUUGAAAGCGCAAAGAGAACAUUGCAGGAUUUGGCCAGUAAACUUAGAACAGUAACUAAGUCCAAACAAUCCGCAACUGAAGCUACAGAAGCAGUGAAGGAACAAGCUAGGCAACUUGAACUCCAAAAAUCAAAAAACCAUCAAGAAAGCAAUGCAAGGAAAAUGGAAAUGGACUACGCGAGAGAGCUAUAUAUCUCUGUUGCUACUGAACUUGAUGCCGCAAAGCAAGAGCUCAAUAAAGUGAGGCAAGAUUUUGAUGCAGCCUUGGAAACUAAAAUGGCUGCAUUCCAACAAGCAGCAGAAGCACAGCUUUCAGCUAAAGUGCACGCUGAAAGGGUUAGUGAGCUUUCAAAAGAAAUCUCAGCUAUGAAGGAAGCAAUUAAGCAAGUAAAGUUUGCCUCCCAACAAGUCUACCAAGAACUGGAAAACAUUGCGGCAGAGAAAGAUGCCCUACAAAAAUCUUACAAGAGUGCUAAGGAAGAAGCCGAAAAAAAAUUGAUAUCGUCGAGGAAAGCAUAUGAUCCUGAGCUGACGAAAUAUCUGGAGGAGAAGCUCAUGGAAACAACAGCGGAAGUUGAAGCCUUGCAAGAAGAGAUGAAAAAAGUCCAUGCUUUGGAAAUGGAUUCUGUGAGAGUUGUAACUGCAGAGCUUAAUGAAGCUACAACAAAACUGCAACUCGCAGCGGAUGAAGAAUGCUCACUUCGGACAUUAGUGAGCUCCAUUAGGCUGGAACUGGAAGAGGUGAAGAGGAAACAACAAACUCAAAUGAAGGACGAAGAAGCAGAAAGGCAAUCUGUCGCUGAAAAAAAUGAAUUAAAUGCCCAUAAUGAGCAAAAUUUCAGACUCCAGCAACUUUCAUCAGAAAUUGAGAAUGCAAGAAGUGAAGCGGAGGAGAUGAAGAACAGUAGGGAAGAGCUGAAGAUAGAAGCUGAAGCCGCCGAAGCAGCGGUAAAGGAGGUAAAGCAAAAGCUAGAACUUGCUUUGGAACAGGCCGAAGAAGCAAAAGCAGCAGAGAAAAAGGCUCUUGAGGAAAUGCAGGCUUUGUCUGAAAAAAAGGACAUUGAUAAUCUGGAAUCUAGUCGCAAGAUAAAAAUCUCCACGGAGGAAUUUGAAUCAUUGAAAAGGAAAGUAGAUGAAUUUGGAAAUAUGUCAGAGGAGAAAAUAGCUGCUGCAAUGGCUGAGCUGGAAGCAAUAAAUGCAAGAAAAAAAGAGAUAGAUCAAAAGUUGGAAGCAAGCUUGCAAGCAAUUGAAGAAAUCAAGGCAGCAACAGAAUUGGCUGAGAAGUCAGCGACGAUGGCAGAUGCGGCACAGAGCGUGAUCGAGGGUGAACUUAGAAGACGGCGUCAACAAGAACAGAUGCCUGCAUCUUAAGCUGCGUCCUGGACCCUGUAACAACCGAAAAGAUACCAAUCAAGA